AUGAACAGCAAUACAACCUGUGGGCGCAAUAACCUGUGGGUUCUUUUUUGUCAAUUGGGUCUACUGUUAGCACUAGUGGGGCGAUUCGGUCUUUAUGCUGCAAGCCACACUGAAUCACUAUCAGUUACAAUCGAUCUUAAGAAAACUAUUGACUUGCUGCCAGACCAGCCGUCUCUACAAAACUCCACCAUUGCCUUGACAAGUACAUCAAUGAGCACAGCGGCUGAAUGGAAUGUGUUUGCAGCCAAACUACAGAACAAAACCAAGAUAACCUGUAACCAAGUUGCCAUCAUUGGGGAUGAAGAGAGCUAUUCACAAACACGGGCGGUCAUUCCAAUGAACAUCAUGGGGUACUUUCUGAGGAUCGCAGAUACUUCGAACGUUGUUGUUUCUCAGGUUAGUAGCUUUAGUACGGAAAAUGCCUUGAAUCUUUCUCAUCCUGAAUCGAAAAUACUAACUAGAAUUACUUCGUUGUCCUUCAAAAAGUGCCAUGCAUAUGCUAUUGGGUCAGUUCUUAAUGUUUUAAGGCAUCGUUUGCGGCUAAAAAGACUCACAAUUCACGAAUGUCCAAUAGACAACAUGCCUUGGCUCGCGACAAUAGCAUGGGAUAGAGAUGAAGCUGUCAUUGAUUUUAUGGGCGACCGUAAAGGCCCUGUCCCAUUGACACUGGAAUUACAGCACAUGGAGGCAGUACAUGCCACCAACAGAGAAAUUUGGCUCUACAACCUUCCGGCGGGCUCUAUUAUUACAUCCGUCAUGCCCAAGGGUCGUAAUUUUGAUCCAAACAGAGGAACUACUUUUAAUCUAGCAUGUGAUGUAGAUGCUUGGCAUAAACUUCUAAUCGGCCCACAUGACUACCAUUUAUCUAUCCCUCGUUUGUUUAUAACCGAUUUAGCGGAUCUGACAUCGGAUUUAAAGAAGAUCCAGGCUGACCCCAAGUUUGAAAAGCUGGCCGAGAAGAAAAAGUCGGCUCCCUACAGCUUUGGUGUGAUCUGGGCUGCAGGAGCCUGGGAGUUUGGGCCGGCCACAAGAAACAUGACUACGGAAUUUACUGCCUUUUUAGCUACUAUUGGGGCAAAGGCGCAAACCAUGAAUGUUGGCGUGCCUCCAGGAGACGAAUUUGUUGGAUGCUCGGACAACUCAAUGCACAUAGCCGCACUCACUAGUCCCACUGACAAAUUACUGACACAUCUGUUUGGUACAAAGAACUAUGUGUGUAUACUGCCAGAAAGAUGGCCGGACUCAGCUAUUGCAAAUUGCGCAUUGUCUUGGGUUAAAGUAGUGGAGCCAUUUAGUAUGAGUUUCACAGAGACAAUUAAUCAAAAUCUAGAUAAUGAUGACUUAACAGCUUUGCAAGGCAAUACAGAAGGCAGUUCGACUUCAAAGCAAGCACAAAGCGGUUCUAACAGCCCAAACCCAUUCGAUGGUCCCGCUCUUCCCAGUAGUUCACCAGUUAAAGCAGACAGUCCAACAUCUAAAAGAUCCCGUUUUGGUCUAGCGAAAUUGAGAACUGCAUUCUCUAGCCGCUUGAAGAAAUCUACUAGCAUAGAAGAACAGGGCAGUACAGAUCAACCAGCUCGCGUGCCUCUAGGAUUUAUUAAUGCACUUAAGGAGCUAACUAUGUUGCCGGGCAAACUUGCAGAAGGCAUCUUUCGUGUCUCCGGCAGCCAAACAACCAUCUCGAAGAUGUUCCAGGACAACAUCAUCAACAAUAAGCCUAUCAACACCAAGGAUCUUGAAAAUAACGCUAAUAACAUGCAGCACUGUUUAACCGGGGCCAUAAAGAAAUACAUUGCAAGCGUCCCUGGCGGCAUCAUCACUAAGAAGGUCUAUGAUUUGGCGGUAGCUCAACUAAACUCACGUGGAGAUUUUAUGAGUGCCACCGAUGAAGACUAUCAAGCCGCCGCAGUUCUCGUUUUAGAACAUCUCGAUAUUGAUGCGCAGUGGAUCCUAAAGAACUACAGCUUGGUGACUGAGGAGGUUGUUAAACAGAUAAAGACUACUAAAUUAGAUGAAGAAAAUCUAAUAACUUGCGUGACGGUUUCUUUCUAUUCAACGGAUGCAGUAUUUGUUAAAUCCUUGGAUCCCGCUAAGCAUAUUGGUGAAAUAACACUUAAGAGAAAGCUUCUGAUAGCUAUACUACGAAAGGCAAGAACAAUGGUAUUCUUGCAAAGAACCUCAGAUGCAAUUGAGUUGAAAUUGAGUUGA